GGGCGUGCGGCCGUGUCCCGUCUUCUCCUCGCGAGUCGCGGCCUCGCAAACUAGGAGACCAAUCUCCCAAACCCCGCCCGACGGAACCCUAACCCUAGAUCGACCGCCCGCCAUGGAUCUCCUUCAAUCUUCCUACGCGCCGGGCGACACAUCCUCGCCGGAGGAUGAGUCCCUCUCCUCCCCGGACUCAUCCCCCCUCCGCCUCCCCUCCAAGUCCGCCGCCCCAGCCGUCGAUGAGACGGCGCUCGCGCUCUCCGCCGCCGCCUCCACCUCCCGCCCGCUCGACCCCUCACUCCAUCUUGUCUCCUUCAACCCCACCGCCGACCAGCUCUGGGCGCCGGUUCUCGGCCCCCAACACCCCCACGCUCCCAUCUCAUCUGCCUCUGGCCACCGCAACCACAAGCUUGGCCACGUCGAGGACGCAUCGGUCCUCCCCUUCCUCUUCGACGAGCAGUAUAACACCUUCCAUCGCUUCGGCUACGCUUCCGACCCCUCAGGCCUCCAUAUCAUUGGCGACACGCAGCCCCAGGCUCCUGAUCCCGACACUGUUUACAACCUGCCCCCCUCCGAGCACAAGCGCCGCCGCAUCCAAUCCAGGGAGGAGAACCAAGAGCCUGUUCCUCCAGAGGCCAAGAACCCAGCAUCUGAUGAGUGGAUCGUUCAUAACAAGCAGAGUCCCUGGGCUGGCAGACGGGAGGGACCGCCUGUUGAGCUCACGGACGAGCAGAGGCAGUAUGCCGAGGCACAUGCUGCAAAGAAGGCUGAGAAGGAGGCACGCGGCGAAGGGAAGGAGAAAACAGAGGUGGUGGCCAAGAGCACUUUCCAUGGGAAGGAGGAGAAGGACUACCAGGGACGCUCGUGGAUCACGCCACCCAAGGAUGCCAAGGCGACCAAUGAACGCUGCUAUAUUCCCAAGAGGUGUGUCCACGAGUGGGUUGGGCACACAAAGGGGGUCUCAGCGAUCAGAUUUUUCCCCAAGUAUGGCCAUCUGUUGCUUUCUGCAAGUAUGGAUUGUAAGAUUAAGAUCUGGGACGUGCUCGAGUCAAAGACAUGUAUGCGAACGUACAUGGGACACUCCAAGGCAGUGAGGGAUAUAUCGUUCUCUAGUGAUGGGAGUAAGUUCCUGAGUGCUGGGUAUGACAGGAAUAUACAGUAUUGGGAUACAGAGACUGGGCAGGUUAUCUCAACCUUCUCCACUGGGAAGGUCCCUUAUGUUGUGAAGCUCAAUCCGGAUGAAGAUAAGCAGCAUAUUCUCCUUGCUGGGAUGAGUGACAAGAAGAUUGUGCAAUGGGAUAUGAAGUCAGGACAGAUCACACAGGAGUAUGAUCAGCACUUGGGGGCGGUGAACACUAUCACUUUUGUAGAUAAUAAUAGGAGGUUUGUUACAUCUAGUGAUGACAAGUCUCUUCGUGUGUGGGAGUUUGGCAUCCCUGUGGUGAUUAAGUAUAUCAGUGAGCCGCACAUGCACUCCAUGCCAUCUAUUGCAGUACACCCAAACUCUAACUGGCUGGCAGCGCAGAGUUUGGACAAUCAGAUAUUGAUAUACAGCACCAAGGAGAGGUUUCAGCUUAAUAAGAAGAAGAGGUUUGCGGGCCAUAUUGUGGCAGGUUAUGCUUGUCAAGUCAGCUUCUCGCCUGAUGGGAGAUUUGUGAUGUCAGGAGACGGCGAGGGUAGUUGCUGGUUCUGGGACUGGAAAAGCUGCAGGAGAUUUAAGACAUUGAAGUGCCACAAUGGAGCCUGCAUUGGAUGCGAGUGGCAUCCACUGGAGACUAGCAAGGUUGCAACAUGUGGAUGGGACGGCGUAAUUAAAUACUGGGAUUAAGUUCUGGUGGUUUAAACCGAAAGGUUCCUUUGAGAUGCUGGGAAGGAAUUCAGUACAAUUGAAAUCACAAGGAUUCAGCUUCAGCAGAUACUGUGAGCGCACAUGCCUGUCCAGAAAACUUCAGUGUCAUGAGUGAAACACUGAAUGCAAUCUCAUAUUUCAGCUACCAUCUAGUUUGUUGUAAUGCACCGUGUACUAUACAUAAUGCACCAUUCAAUUUUGUACUGUACCUUGACUGCUAAUACCUCGGUUUCAGCUUCAGUUUCCGUAUGUGUUUAUUUGGUAGAUGCCAACUUUUGUAGUAACUGAGAAACAGCCUUGUAUAUUCACUCUGCUUGGAAACUGGAAUUUAGCCAGAUUUCUGUUUGAAGUGCACCAUAUGAAUUCGAACGGUAACUGUUCUGUC